UGCGGUAUCUCCACUUGCCCUCUUUAGGACCAUGAAACACGAUCCCGUCGCGCCGGUAGCGUGGGGUAUAAAACGGUCCUGCGAUCACUGGGCCCAUCCGACCAAAACACAAGAACCAUGAGAAUAACAUCAGCGUGAUCGGAUAGUUUGAGCAUCCGCAACACGUGCUGCGUUAUUAUCAAUGAGAUGAGCCGCAGAUCUCCAGAUGAGCCACAGAGUCACACACUGGGAAGAUGAGCUGACACUCCUUCAAACCAUCUCACUUCCACCGAGAAAAUGAUGCUUUCCCCCGCAAGAAUAGACAGAUAAUGCUGGCAUUGCUUGUUUCUGCUCAAUGACGCUCGGAGGAUUUUGCGCAAGUAAAGAAGACUGCAUGGACACAUCCACUUUGGAGAGUGUUCUAAUGAUUUCAAUACAGUAAGUUUUUAUAGAUCGUUUGUAUUUUUUCAUAAAAGUAUGAGCUCGUUGUUGUUUGGAGAGGGGAUUUUGGGCGCUGCGCAAUCGGACGCGGUACCCAGAGCGCUGCGCAACGACCUGGGCUCCAAUAUUCACGUCCUGAAGACCCUCAACCUGAGGUUCCGCUGCUUUCUCGCUAAAGUCCACGAGUUGGAGAGACGAAACAAACUUCUGGAGAGCCAGCUGAAGCAAGCCUCGAGUCAGAGGUAUCAGAGCUACUCGUUUUCCCGUGAGGUGGGUGUCCAAACCGACUCCCAGGAAUCCAGACUGCCUGGCAACAUCUGGAGUUUUAGGCAUGUUUUGAGAAGUGGAGAGGGUGUACAGACCGUCCAGGGGCCCGGCGUCACCUGGACCCACCCGGACGGGGUCGGGGUCCAAAUCGACACCAUCACUCCAGAACUGAGAGCUCUGUAUAAUUUUCUGGCCAAAGUCAAACGGGAGAGAGAGGAGUACAGGAAAAAGUGGGAGGAGGAGGUGAUGAGGAGAGAACAGAUGGAGUCGAUGAUACAGACGCUUCAGGAGAACGCUCAGGAGUCCGAAGCCAUUCAGGAUGACUUGAACGAGAAGAUCGACAGAUUGAAAGCAGAGCUGGUCGUCUAUAAGAGUCUCAUGAGCGACCAAAUGUCCGACCUCGACACAAAGAUUCAUGAGAAGGCCAUGACGGUGGACAUGGACAUCUGCAGGAGAAUAGAUAUCACCGCCAAACUGUGUGAUGUAGCUCAACAGAGGAACUCUGAAGACAUGUCCAAGAUGUUCAACGUCAGUCCAUCCAGAGCACCAGCAGAUAGAACGGCUGUAGCGUGUCGAAAGAAAGAGAAGAAGCCGGUUUCAGAUGAGGAAACGUCUGAGAUGGACGCAGAUCCCAGCCCAUCAGAGGACGAAGUCCCGUUCAACAUCACCGAUGAGAUGAAACGCAUGCUCAACCAUCUGCGGGAGACAUUCGACAUCGAUGACGACUGUGACAGUUUGACAUGGGAAGAGAAUGACGAUACGCUGUUGCUGUGGGAGGAUUUUACAAACUACAACGUGCCCUGUGCUUUUAACAACGCCAACGGUGCUCCGGACUGCAACGGAGACGCCAAUGACCCUAACUCUCAGGACGGCAGUCUCGGAAGUCUCAUUGAUGAGACGGAGUCUCUCUUCAAGAACAGAGAGCAAGAAUACCAGAAAACCAUCGGAGAGAUUGAGAUGGAGUUGGCCACAGCUAAGAGUGAUAUGAACAGACAUCUGCACGAGUACGUGGAUAUGUGCAGUAUGAAGCGCGGGCUGGAUGUUCAGAUGGAGACGUGCAGGAGAAUGAUCAAGGGUGGCAGAAAUUCUCCUUCCGCGAGCUCAUCGGCCAGCAGUGACUCAGGAAACACUAACGAGAUACAGGACGAAUCAGACAAGGAUGGAGAGACAGACGGUCCAAUCAGCUGAUACCUGCCCAGCCUGGUCCCGCCCUCUCCCUGAUCAGCUCUGGGUCUUUCAGUAUUCAACCAACGGUGUUCAGCGCUACCGGUCAAAGAAAAACUGAGCGACAAGGCCCCUCCCACAAACUGAUUAUCCUGUAGGUGCUUUCUACCGUCUCAGUGUCAGAGAGAGGCAGAGUUCAUGAGGGUUGAUUCUGUGCUUCCACCGAUCCAUCGAUAUCAUCAGCGUGUUACACGAUAAUGUCAAAUACAUCAGAGUACACUAGGGUAACCAGAUGACCACAAUAACAAAAAUAAAGACGGAGAUCAUUUUUAAACACAGAAAAUUAUCAACACAGUCUUUGUCUUUACUAUUGUCAUAUACAAAUUUACAAACAUUGCUCAAGUUUUUGACAAUAACACGUCAUUCAGUUUUCUUUGGUUUUCUAAUCACUUUCAUUAUAAUGGCUUAAUUAUUUAUAAGGGUAAAAAAUAUAUGGGUAUCCCCGACACAGAUACAACUAUUGUUACAUGAAAUAAAUGGAUUACGUCUCUUUAGAUGUGGGACGUUGUUUGUAAAACUUGUUAUCGGGGCAUCUGGUCACCUUAGGAUUCACAUUCAAAAUCCACAGGCAUCAUUUUUCCAAAUGUUUUUAGAAACUGGAAAAUCUUUGGUUUGUCAAGUGAGCAGAUUGAAAGUCUGUUUCAGACCAAAACCUUCCUGAUAAAAGACAUCUGAAUGGUUUCACUUGGUAUUAUUAUCUUUUGCUUUUUAUAAAAAACUUUUUAUGUACUGUGCUGCAGAACCAAGUUGGCCUUUUGAAGCCAUCUCAUUGAAAAGAAAAGAGUCGUGAAUGUUGAACGCAGGAUGAUUGAUAUGUUCUAUGCAAACGGUCGGCCUUAUUCCGGAUCUGAUCUGUGUCACCUGUGUUUGUCUUCCUUAGUUUCCCACGCAGGUAAUUUCAUCUGUUAUGUAUAAUAUUUCUGUGUUUUAACAUGUCGACGAGCCAGCGCUGGCCCACAAUGUUUACUGACUAAUCUGUGGACAGAAUCUGUGGAACAGCGGCCCGUCCUGUUGAGCAUCUGCCACGAUGAGAAGUGUUUAAUAGACACAAUAUCUCAACUUUAAUGGAGCUAUAUGUGCCUAUAUAUGUUGCGUGUUGAUUUUGGAUGGCCUUACUGUAUUUCCAAUUGGAAAUGUAUUUACCAACUAUUUGCACAUUAUUUUUAUUGGCAUGGGGACGUUUGCCUAAACUGUUUCUUUGCAAAGGGUUUUAAAAAGUUUAGGGUGGAGGUUUUGAUUGUAUAUAGAAAAUGGAUGUAGCUGAAGAUAUAUGAUGACAUCAGCUGAAUAAUUGUAUGUAGAUGUACGUUACAAAAUCAUAUGAUCACAUCAACUGAGACCCUUACAAAAAGUAUUAAAGUGUGCUUUUAGUGUACUUUAAAUCUAAGACAAGAACAUAUACGUUCAGUCUACUUUUUAUGUAAAAUAACAUUUCAGAACAUUAAGCUUCUAGUUGGGUUUUGAUUGCGUAGCCUAUUAAAUUCUUUUUUCACAUAUAUUGUCUUAUAAACAUACAUAUUUACAUUUAUAAUGUAACAAUAUAAUAUAAAGAAUAUGUAAAUAAUAAACCCUAAUUAUGAAAAGUUCCCCUAAAGAAAACUUGUUUAAAGUAUAAAAACUACUCUUAUAGUAUAGUUGCAGCACGAAGUUUUAAACCAGUUCUGUACUCAAAGAUCAAUGUUACACUUAAAUGUAUACGUGUGUGAACUAAAAAGUGGGACAUUUAGUCCCAGGUAGUAUUGGAAUUGUCAAAUCACAAGUAAACUACAAGUACAUGUACUUAUUUUUUGUAAGGGUUUUAUUACUGGUGGAUUGAUAUUGUGCUGUAACUCAUUAAGGCCAGCGGGGGGCGCUGUUCCAUACAGAAGCCUGUAUGAAGUGUGUUGUUUGCUCAACUUCUGUGGCCUUUGUUUGUCAUGCUUGGUGUCUUCUGGAUCUUUUUGCAUUUCAUCUUGAAUGUUUUUGGGUUAUAGUUUAUAUAAGUUUUACAUAUGUUAGUCAUAUUAAUAAGAAAUUUGGGGAUUUGAGUGAUCAAUGAUUUAAUAAGCUAAAAAUAUGGUUUCAGGGAAGUUAAAAAAAAGUUUUAUAUUAAAUAAGAUUGCAGGCAGAAAACAUGUUUAGUGUUAUUUUUAUGAUUAUUUUUGCUUGGGAGAAAUAUCGAAUUUAUUUAGCAAAAGCUUCUAUACGGUUUGCUGUUUAGCUUGUGGAUAUGAACAUUUUAGCGAGUGGAUUAGAUUUCCUAAUCUAUCAAAGAUGUAAAAAAUCAGUUUUUGGAAUUUUAUAAAAAUGUCCUGUUUUUAUAAUGUUCAGGGUCACUGGGGGUCAUUGGGUGCUCGCCCCCAUAGAAAACUGAAACAUGCACUAAUAGAGAUUUUGCCUUUAAACCUGAAACAUUGUUUUUUAUUUUAUUUUUCAUUGUUUAUGGAGACUAAAUCAUGCUGCUUUUUUCUUUGUCUUAAAUCAGUCCCACACCCCAUUAAGGGCCAGAAUGUCACCAUCUUCAAAUCAUUUUAGAUUUUGAAAGAACAGUAAAGAAACGUUGGUCAAGUUAUCAAAAUCAUUGUCAAGCUAUUCUCAGUUCAUAUAUACAAGAAUUUAUCAGUUGGUAUUAGACAGUUGGGUUUUAUUAAUCCGUUGUGUCACAUAUUAUCAUUAUUUUAAAGUUCGUGACUCUUAAGCAUUAGUGUUUUUGUACAUGUGUUCAUCUGAACAUUCUCACAAAUGCCAAGCUGAAUGCUUCUCACAAUCAUACAAAUGGUUUUUGAAUUCCUAGCAAAUGUUUAAUUUCUAAGACCCUCUAUUAGAAAAUACCAUUAAACCAGCAUUUUCUUUAAGAACACUAGCUACAAAAUAAGACAUGCAAGUCAAACUAAGCAGCGUGAACUGUAUCCUUCUCAUAUUCUCAGCACUGUUUAUUAGUAUAUUUUUGGGUUUUAUUAUUUUGACUUUGGGAAUUAUUUUUGGUUUAAAUGUUUUUGAGUAUAUCCUCACAUUGGGAGUGAGAGCUAUUGGUGUAUGUUUCCAUAAUGAAUGUAAUUGGUGCUGGGGUCAAAGAAAUAAAAUCUUUUUUGUUGGGUCUCUG